AGAGAUAUGAUACCCCUGUUUCUCUUCUCUCUCUAGAGAGAAUAAAUUAUUUAUGACAGUUAGGCUAGUCGUUGCAUGUAUCAAUGGCAUAAAAUAGUAACGUGAGAAUUAAAAAAUAUUUAUAAAUUAAUAUCAUAAAUUCAUAAAAUAAAAUUUAACUUUUUAUUAACCUUAACAUCUCUAAUUAAAACAGUUAAUUAUAAGUGAAUAAAUUAUAUUUUAUAAAACAAAAAUUAUUACUUUGACAAUAUCUCUAACAAAUGGAACGUAUUCCCCAUAAAUUUUCAAUGUAAUUCUGAAGAAUACAUAUGUCUAUUACAUAUUUAAUAAAAUAUUUAUUAUAUUUAGAAAUGAAUUUGUGAUUUUCAGCAAUUAAAAAUUUAAAAAUACUUAAAAAAACCUAAAGUCCGAAAAAUAACUUACAUAAUUUAAUUAUCAAUAGUGAAAAUAAUAAUAAACAGAACAUCUAUUAUUCUGUUAUUAAAAGAAAAAUAAUAAUAUAAUAUAAUAUAAUAUUUAUUAUUGAAAUAAUAUAAUAAUUAUUAUUGAAGUGAUAGUGAAGUUUUAUUAAAAAUGUCUUCGGACCAGGAAGUACUUUAUAGUCCGAGUAAAUGGAGCAAAAGAUUCGAUCAAAUACAAAUAUUGUUAAAUUAUUGUAAAUUUUCUAAAGAGGUUACCGAAAAUGCUCGUAAAACUUUAAAAUGUGAACUCGAUAUUCCGUAUGGAACAACAAAAGGAACUAAAUAUGAUAUUUAUGGAACUGACUUACCUAAAGACUCUCCUAUAUUCAUAUUUAUUCAUGGUGGUUAUUGGCAAGAAGGUAGUAAAGAUAUAUCUGCAUAUGCAGCUCCUGUCUUUGUUAAUAAAGGAAUUAAAGUUAUAACUAUUGGUUACGAUUUAUGUCCUAAUGUUAAACUUAGGGAUAUAAUAUCGCAGAUAAAAACAGCAAUUGCACAUAUAUUAAAAUCUGCUUCGAGUCUCAAAUGUCGGAAUGUUUGGGUCUCUGGCCAUAGCGCUGGUGCACAUUUAGCAUCCAGUAUUUUAUACGAUAAAUUAUGGUUAGAUGAAAUGACAAAACAUGGAUACUUAUAUCUAUUAAAAGGUAUCGUGUUAAUAAGCGGUAUCUUUAAUUUGGAACCUCUUGUCAAUACUAGUGCUAAUACAGCUUUAAAACUUACAAAAAAUGAAAUCGACGCAUACAGCUUUACCACUCUCAAUACUAAGAAUAAUCCUUCUAUCCAAGGGUUAAAAGUUAUUGUAACCAAUGGAGAAUGUGAUUCACCAGUAUUUAUCAAUGAAUCACGCGAGUGUGCUCAGAAACUUAUUACAAUAGUAGAUAAUGUUCAAUAUAUUUUAUUAAGAGAAAAUAUCGAUCAUUUUGAUAUCGUAGAAAAUCUUACAAACGAGGAAUUUAUUUUGACGAAACUGAUAUUACGUAAUAUUUUCUAUGAUUAGAAAAGAACUUAUAUAGAAAUAAUAUCGUACAUAUUGAACAUACAAAUUUAUAUAUUGAACAUCAAAUAAAUUUAUAACAAACAUUUAAUGUACAAAAUUUAUUUAAAUAUUCGUAAAAAAUUUAUCUAGUGUAAUAUAUUAGUAUACUUAUAUAAUGUUGAUAAAUUACAAAUUGUCCAUAAA